CGCUCGAUUUCUAAGAUUUUAUCAUAUGAUACACCUCCAUACAGUACUAUAUAUACAAAUAUGAAAUUGAUUCCACCUUUUCAACACACAUGUAUGGUGUGAAAACACUUGGCACUCUCCCUCUCUCUCUUACACAAAAGCAAAGGAGUCCACGCUUCUAACAAACUUUCAAUUCUCCACUUAUAGAAACGGUUACUCCUUCGUACAAUGGCGGUUAUAGCGAAGUACAACGGCGGAACUCUCCUCUCCUGCUUCAAAACCGCUAACACCCUCUCCUUCGCAUACGCCCUCAUUUUCAUCUCCAUCGCCUACACCAUCUUCCUCCUCUUCACCCCCUCCUCCUUCCCUGACGCCAUCGCCCUCACCAACUCCUCCUCUCCUGUAUCUUCCCACGAUUCUCAAACGUCGCAUUUCUCCUCAAUCGUCUUCUAUCACUUCCCCAACUCCUCAUCCAAUUCCACUGCCAAUGCAGAUGUUUCUCCUCAACCAAUCGCUAAUCACACUCAAUUGAAGCGUGAUCGAAAUCACAUUCCAAUCGUGAAGAAUGUUACUCGAUCAAAAGUUAUUUAUCCGAAGCUGCUCGAUCAACUCUCGGAGUGUGAUCUGUUUGAUGGAAAUUGGGUGAGAGAUGAGUCUUAUCCACUGUAUAAGCCUGGUUCCUGCUCCUUGAUUGAUGAACAGUUCAGCUGCUUCCUCAAUGGCAGGCCUGAUAAUGCCUACCUUAAGCAUAGAUGGAAGCCUAAAGCCUGCAACUUGCCCAGGUUGAAUGGAAGCCAUAUGUUGGAAAUGCUGAGAGGGAAACGCCUGGUUUUUGUUGGUGAUUCUCUAAAUAGGAAUAUGUGGGAAUCACUCAUUUGUAUUCUGAAAAAAUAUGUCAAAGAUAAAAAAAAAAAAAUGUAUGAAGUUUCAAGGAGGCGACAAUUUCGAAGCGAAGCUUCUUAUUCGUUUCGAUUUGAAGCAUACAACUGCACGGUGGAGUUCUUCGCGGCUCCUUUCUUGGUUCGAGAAUGGGAAUUCACUGAAAGGAACGGGACGAAGAAGGAAACGCUUCGACUCGAUCUGAUCAGCGGCUUUGCUGCUAAGUACAAAGAUGCAGAUGUGCUCGUGUUCAACACUGGUCAUUGGUGGACUCAUGACAAGACCUCAAAAGGGCAGGACUACUAUCAACAAGGUAGUCAUGUGUAUAGUGAGUUGAAUGUACUUGAGGCUUUUCGCAGAGCUAUGAAGACGUGGGGCAGAUGGGUCGAUGCCAAUGUCGAUCCAAGAAAGUCCCUCGUGUUCUUCAGAGGCUACUCAGCCUCUCAUUACAAUGGAGGGCGGUGGAAUUCAGGGGGAGCAUGUGACAAUGAAACAGAGCCAAUCAAGAAUGAUGCUUAUCUCACACCGUAUCCGGACAAGAUGAGUGUUCUUGAGAGGGUUUUUGGAAGGAUGAAAACCCCGGUUAGUUACAUGAACGUAACGAAGUUGACAGAUUAUCGAAAGGAUGGGCACCCGUCAAUAUAUAGGAAGAUGCAGUACACGAAGGAGGAGAGACGGUCGCCUCUGACCAUCCAGGACUGCGGCCAUUGGUGCCUCCCGGGAGUGCCCGAUGCCUGGAACGAGAUCCUGUAUGCGGAGCUGCUGGUGAAGCUGAACAAGAAGCAGCAAUCACACAAGAGAGCAGCAUAGGUAUAGACUUGAUUUCACACGUAUUCCUUUAUUGUAAUUAGUGAUUCAUUGUGUAUUCUAUAUAUGUGUAAUGUUAGGGGUUCAAAAAAAAAUUUAAAGAGGGCGUCAACCUUAAACAUAAAAUAAUCCAUCCCCACAUUUAUAGCUCUGUUGGAUUAAGAUGUGGUGAUUGUGAACCUCUUAACUGAAACAAGAUUUAUUUCAUUAUAAUUACAUUUGACUCUAUUUUAUUC